GAAGAGCCCAGCAGAACCAAGCAAAUCGUCCUGUCAAAAUGGCGCUAUGUUUAUGUCACAGCCUAAUCUUUUAUUACGCUUAGCUAGACUUCUAAAGAGUUACGAUGAUCGUAUCGCACGGAAAAUAAUUCAAGACAAGCAUUUAACGGCACUAACGGACCAGGACAAACCGAUCCGUGGCUAAGUUCCCCAGCAGCAGGCAGGAUGCAGGCUGAAGUCUCAGACUCUUCCCUCAGAGAGGGCAUUGAGGCUCUUGGAGUGACGGACUCAGACAAACCUGCUGCAAGGAAAGAAGAAGAGAGCGUCACGGAGCAACAGGACACAGAGAUGACAGCUGUCACAGAGGAGGACCCAGCUGCCAAGGAACAAACAGAUGACAACACAGAGACGGUGGGAGGAGAGACACAGAAGGAUGAUCCUCAGGAAGUCACAGAGGGGGACGCUGAAGGAGGGAAGCAGGCUGCUGAAGUGGAGGAUGAGUGGGAGCUUCUGUACAGCGACGAGGAAAUGGAGGAUCCCAAGAACUGGAUGCCUCCCCCUUCUGAGAUCAAAAGACUCUAUGAGAUCCUCGCCAAAGGGGAGAUGUUGGAGUUGAACUUUGUGCCCCUCCCCAGAAGACCCCCCACGCCUGAACACACCCCUUCGCCUGAGAGAGAUGAAGAGGAGGAGGCCGCAAAAGAAAGGGAGAGACUAGAGAAGGAAUGCAAACCGCUGUCGCCGACUGAGUUCGACUUCAGUGAGGAGCAAACUCAAACCACUCCGAAAAACACCUUCAUCAACAGGCGCAGAACACCAGGGUCUUCAGCUCGCUCCUCUGUAAAACGGGAAGCUCGUCUGGACAAAGUGCUGUCGGACAUGAAGCGGCACCGCAAAAUCGAGCAGCACAUCCUGCGCACGGGCCGAGAUCUCUUCAAGAGCGAUAAGAAGCUGGAGGAAGCCCUUUCCCCAAACAGCCAGAAGGAGCGGGAGAAGGAGCGGGAGCGAGACAGCAACCCCAACACCAUCUUCUCCCCGAGACAGAGGAGAUACUGAAGUAUUCAGAGACCAGGACUUGGCCAAAUGCAACAGAAACCUUAACAAGGCUCUCAAAAGACUUUACAUUUUUUAACACAAGAAGUUUUCUAU